GUAGAGGGUAUAUCAGGUGGUGGAGGAUAGGCAUGUUGCCACAAGUUUGAAGUUUCUCUGUCCAAACCAAGUGCUAUCUUAUCGUGGUACGGUGAAUGGCAAGUGUACGAUACAUAAUGUAGUCGUGUAUACGAUAUUUCGUGCAUGUAUAGAUUGCAAGCAACAAAGAAGGGGUUAAACGUCCGAUCACUUAACGCGCAUGCGCUAUCGUGAAUCUAUGAUUACUGGACAGACGAUCGCCAGUCCAGUCAUCAAUUGGUGAUCUGUCAUUUGCUUAUUCUCCUGUUUACGCGAUUCUCUGUCCAUGUUUCGUGAAAGUGAACCGAUUGAUGUUUCUUCAAAAUAGUUUUCACCUGAAAUAACACCGAAUAAUUCGAUUCGAAACGGUCGAUACAUAGAAAUAAAAAACGAAGAACGUAGAAGCAAAGCAGGUUGUGUAUCUAUCUGUUAAAAAAACUGCGGAUCUUGCCAUUACUUGCCAUGACGACAGAGGAGAAGUUUCACGCGGCUGUUAAUGUGAUCCGGAGUCUGCCAAAAAAUGGAGCUUAUCAACCCAGCAAUGAAGUUAUGCUACGUUUUUAUGCAUACUAUAAACAAGCAACAGAAGGACCGUGCCAACAAUCAAAGCCUGGAUUCUGGGAUUUAGUCAAAAAAGCUAAGUGGGGUGCGUGGAGUCGAUUGGGUAAUAUGAGUACAACAGAAGCUAUGAAUAAUUAUGUAGAAGAAUUGAAAAAGAUCGUGGAGACCAUGUCUUAUACGGAUAAAGUGGCCAAUUUUCUGGGAAGUUUGGAUACAUUUUAUGAGAGCGUUCCUCAGGAGGAUUUGGAGCUACUUGUUGGCCCUGUUUUAGAGCGGAUGCGUUCGCAACCUGGUUCACCAUUGUCCGGUUCACCCUUGGCAUCGAGAGAAACAUCGCCACACAGGGUUUGUAAUAUGACUAGGCACAUCGCGAGUAGUUUAGAGACUAGUCCAGCCAGUAGUAACAGUGCGAGUCCAUUACCACCGGACACUGACGGCGAGGAGGAAGAAUUCAUAGAUACCGUCGAAACUGCUCCGGAACGAUCGCAAAAGGAAACAAUGAAAAUUUCUACUUCGAGCCAGAAAGUAUCGAACGGAAUAAACGUUAGCAAUGACGCAUUUAACGAGCUAGUCGUUUCAAAGGAGAAUUCUUCGGAAUUGACUAAUGGAUACACCAAUAUAAGUGGUUACAUGGAGACAGUAGUAGACAGUAAACAAGAAAGGAGCAGACAAAGGAAUAAGCGAGAUGAAAAAUCAAAUGUUGAUUUUUUUAAUCAAGUAGCCACAACUAUGCAAAAUUUACAAAGGGACUUGGACAGAAUAACAGCUAGAGUACGCAGCUUAGAAGGUCAGGCAUUACAUGCGUUAGCGCCGCAAAUCAGACAGCCUACAACAAGUCCAUACUCGAAAUGGUGGCCUUUACCGGAAUGUUCUCCGCGAUUAUUCGCUAUAUUAAUUCUGUGGCCGUUUAUUGCACAGUUUUUAAUUUUAUUCGCGCAACGCUAUCGUCAGCGGAGACUGUGAUCUAAAUGUUGUUGUUUUGUUUAAAACUUAUUCCACUACUUAUCAUUAAGUAACAUUAAACACAAACAACACGAUAAUUUGUAGGUAUGGAUGUAUAGAGGCGUUCUUUUAAGAACCGUAAAUUCGAAAAUGAACUUCGUGGUUCCUUCGUGUAUCCUGCGGGAAUCAAUCACAAAGUGAUCCCUUUAUCGUGUAGAUAACUGUUUCAGUAAAGUAACCGAUUAUGUAACAUUUUCGAAUUCCAUAAAUUGCUCGCAUACAUUUUCAUGUGUAGCAAUCUGUACAAAAAGCUUUAUUUAUUUUAAUCGUUGAGUAUGUUUAUAUAUUCGGAACAGGUAAAUUAAUCUGCUACCUAAGGUGACUUAUAUGUAUGAUAAAUAAAUAUAUGCAUUCAUAUAUUGUAACAUAGAUGCGAAAGUUAUAUACAAAUUUUAUAUUGUGAAUUCAGGUUAAAGGUAUAAAAUAGAAUUUAUUAAAAUGUGCAAUCUUAAGAAAAACAAAAAAAGGGAAGAAUGAAAAAAAUCGAAACUGUAAUUUAUUUAGAACGGUUUUGUUACUGUUCUUUAUUAUACAGUGAUAUCCCCGUUUUCAAUUAUUUUCAUAUAAUAUUAAGUUUAAAAUAGUUGUAUUAUGAGAUUUAUGUACAGAUAUUGUAUAAAAAUAUACAAUUUUCAAUUAUA